UCUCGCUCGCUAGCCUGCUUCCUUCCGACUCUCACGAAGCGCUUCCCAGAACCUCUUCGUCUCGCUCCCUAGAUCGCUCUCCGUUUGGAGUAAUCUCGAAGGCUGUCGUAUCCCGGAUUCGAAUCCCCUGCUUCCGCUCACCCCCUAGGAUCGAAGCAACAUCCCCUUCGUUUGCUCUUGAACGCCGGUUGAUCGGGCACGACGGAGGGUUUCUAGGGUUUCGACCGUGUGGUUCGUGUCGAGCUCUGGAGGGUUUUGUUGGUGAUUUAAGGUCUGGUCUAGGAGGGCGAGAGGCGGAGGAGGGAGGGGGUGAUGAGGUUGAACGGGGAAAUCUCGUACCUACGAAAUGAGGAGGAGAAUGAGAACGAUAGCGUCGCCCUGAUAUCGCUUCCACCGCCGCCGCCGCCGACGCUGGAGAAGCUCGUCGUGGGGUAUGCUCUGACCUCCAAGAAGGUCAAGAGCUUCUUGCAGCCGAAGCUGGAAGGGUUGGCAAAGAAGAAAGGAAUUGUAUUUGUUGCCAUUGACCAGAGCCAACCACUUGUAGACCAAGGUCCUUUUGACAUUGUUCUUCACAAGUUGACUGGAAAAGAGUGGCAACAAAUUCUGCAGGAUUAUUGGGAAAAACAUCCAGAAGUUACUGUCCUUGAUCCACCUGCUGCCAUACAACAUCUGUACAAUCGCCAAUCAAUGCUUCAGGAUGUAGCUAAUUUGAAUUUGUCUGACUGCUAUGGUAAAGUUGGCACUCCUAGGCAGCUAGUUAUCACCAAAGACCCAUCAUCAAUUCCAGAUGCAGUUAGCAAGGCUAGGUUAACUCUUCCAUUAGUUGCGAAACCCUUAGUGGUUGAUGGAAGUGCAAAGUCACAUGAAUUAUCACUUGCCUAUGAUGAGUUCUCCUUAUCAAAGCUUGAUCCUCCCUUGGUUCUCCAAGAGUUUGUUAAUCAUGGCGGUGUUCUCUUUAAGGUCUAUAUUGUUGGAGAGGCAAUAAAGGUUGUUCGUCGAUUUUCCCUUCCUGAUGUUAGUAAGCGCGAACUCUUGAACAAUACUGGUGUCUUUCGGUUCCCCAGGGUUUCUUGUGCUGCAGCAUCUGCAGAUGAUGCAGACCUGGACCCUAGUAUUGCUGGUAAGGUCUUUGCAGGAUACAUGGAUUUUGAUUUGUUUAUGAUGACAAAAAGUAUGCUGUAUUAUGUGAAGAGUGAGUGCCUCUUUCUUUCAUAUUGUUUUUCUGUAGAACUUCCUCCAAGGCCAUUGCUUGAGAAGCUCGCUAGGGAGCUCCGUCUUCGAUUGGGUCUUCGAUUAUUCAACAUAGAUAUAAUCAGAGAGCACGGAACAAGGGACCGGUUUUAUGUCAUUGAUAUCAAUUAUUUUCCUGGUUAUAGUAAAAUGCCAGGCUAUGAACACAUAUUUACCGACUUCCUUCUGCGCGUGGUACAGAGCAAGUUCAAAAGGCUACUAAGUAGCAACUGAUCAUCUAGCUUGAGGAUGCUGCUCGACGGCACGAAGCACUUGCCGGAUACCUGAACCCGGGGGGAGCAGAGUCCCAACCAGAUGCUCAAUGUACAUAAGCUCGGAGACCCACAAUAAUCUGGAGCUUUAUUCCGAGAUGGUGGCAUUUAUUGUGCAGAUAAGUGCUACUGCUUCCCUCUUCUCUGGUUACUGAUUCAUGUUAUAAGCAAGCCUUCUGUGAAAGUCUAAUCACACCCCCACCAAAACACCCCUCCUCUUUUAUCUUUUGUGGUUCGUUCCUUGUUCAUGUUCUAAUGGAUGAUCAAUGUAAUUCCAGUUUCCGAACAGUGUGCUUUGUGGAGUGAGGAAUCAAAUCUACAACGUUAGUGGCUAAAACUCUCCUUUUUGUAUGAUUUUUAUAGGAGGUUUAAGCACAUUGUUCAACCUGACAAAUUUUAAUAGCAGAUAAUGCAGCUUUGACGUGAAAUUCUUUCA